GCGCCUCCUGCGCUCUGCCGUCCUCUGCCGCUGGGUCGCUGGUGAUGCCGAGCGUAGCGGGGCGCUCGUACAUUUCUGUGCGCGGCUACAACUGCAGUUGCCAAGACUGAAUGAGACGGAGGGGAAGGAGCUGGAAACGAGAUGAUGGAUGGUCCGAGUGGUUCCUCAUCGGCCGGACAGCUGUAACGUCGGCGGAGACACGCGUGGAUUUAAUCGAAGGGUUCAGGGCUUCACUUUGACAUUCAGGCAGCGGCAGAAUGAUCGAGGAAGGCAGCAAACGAGGCAAGGCCAUGGUGGAGAAGAGACAGCUCUUCAUGGAAAUGAGAGCUCAGAACUUUGACGUUAUCAGACUGUCAACUUACAGGACUGCCUGCAAACUCCGGUUUGUGCAGAAGAGAUGCAACCUUCAUUUGGUGGAUGUCUGGAACAUGAUCGAAGCCUUUCGUGACAACGGGCUCAACACGCUGGACCACAACGCUGAGAUCAAUGUCUCGCGGCUGGAGACUAUUCUGUCUUCCAUCUACUACCAGCUCAACAAGCGGCUGCCCACCACCCACCAGAUCAAUGUGGAGCAGUCCAUCGGGCUGCUGCUCAACUUCAUGGUGGCCACAUAUGACAGUGAAAGUCACGGGAAGCUGACCGUUUUCUCCAUGAAAGCCAUGCUGGCGACGAUGUGUGGAGGCAAAAUUGUGGACAAACUACGCUAUAUUUUCUCGCAGAUCUCAGACUCAAGCGGAGCCAUGGUGUUCGCUAAGUUCGACCAGUUUCUCCGGGAGGUGCUGAAGCUCCCCACAGCUGUGUUCGAGGGCCCCUCAUUCGGAUACACGGAGCAUUCGGUUCGGACGUGCUUCCCCCAGCAGAAGAAGAUUAUGCUGAACACGUUUUUGGAUGUGUUGAUGGCAGAUCCCCCCCCUCAGUGUCUCGUGUGGCUGCCACUCAUGCACCGACUUGCUAAUGUUGAAAAUGUCUUCCAUCCGGUGGAAUGUUCUUAUUGCCGGAGUGAGAGCAUGAUGGGUUUCCGGUAUCGGUGCCAACAGUGCCAUGGCUACCAGCUCUGUCAAAGCUGCUUCUGGCGUGGCCAUGCCAAUGGUCCCCAUAGCAACCAGCACCAGAUGAAGGAGCACUCGUCCUGGAAGUCUCCGGCCAAAAAGCUGAGCCACGCCAUCAGUAAAUCUCUGGGCUGCGUCCCGAUCGGAGAGCCGCCGCAUCCUGUGUUCCCCGAGCAGGCCGAGAGACCGCAGGAACUCACCCACACAGUUCAGCCGAAACCGGUGGCCAACAACAUGAACGACACAAUGCUCAUGUCCUCCGGGGCACCUACUCCUACCAAAAGUGUCUUGGAGAGUCCGAGCCGGUUAGAUGAAGAGCACCGCCUCAUCGCUCGAUACGCUGCCCGCCUGGCAGCCGAGGCGGGAAAUUCCACACAACAAUGUCCUCCGACGGAUCUGAGCUUCAACUUCGACGCCAAUAAGCAGCAGAGACAGCUGAUUGCAGAACUGGAGAACAAAAACAGGGAGAUCCUGCAGGAGAUCCAGAGGCUGCGUCUGGAGCACGAACAGGCCUCUCAGCCGACACCAGAAAAAGCCCAACAGAACCCAACACUUCUGACUGAACUGCGGCUCCUCAGACACAGGAAGGACGAGCUGGAGAGGCGCAUGUCGGCUUUGCAGGAGAGCAGACGGGAGCUGAUGGUGCAGCUGGAGGGGCUCAUGAGGCUGCUGAAGGAUGAGGAGCAGAAGCAGGCUUCCCAGUCCGGAGGCUCCCCUCAUUCCUCCCCCAGCCACGGUGCAGGCUGCUCCAUGCCCAUGCCCAUUCGCUCCACCUCUGCCGGGUCCACGCCGACCCACACACCGCAGGACUGCCUGGCAGGCGUGGGAGGAGACGUGCUGGAGGCCUUCGCUCAGGGUGUACCUAGAAAUCUUCGGAAUGAUCUUUUAGUUGCUGCUGACUCAAUCACAAACACCAUGUCAUCACUGGUGAAAGAGCUGCACUCAGUGGAUGACAGGGCCGAGGACGAGGAGACCAACAUGAGGAACGGUGGGGACAGAGGUGAGUUUAGCUGAAGCAGAAUGAACAACAAAAAAGUAGGAAUUAUAAUUAAUUCAUAUUAUAUUAUGCAUAUAUAACAUAUGGCAGAAGCCCAGAACAGGAGUGGUUGCAAUAAUUUAAUUUUCUCAUGCCCCCUCGGUAUCACAGCACCAAUGUGUUCUUCUAAGACAAUGGGAUAAUUAAAUUGUGAAGUCAAGAAAAUCACAGUUUGUUUCUAGGACAAGUAUUAAAAAAAAAAAAAAAAUCCAGUUACCUUGUUUUCCAGAGAUAAUUACCUCAUUUUCAGUGACAUAAUCAAAUGAACAGUUUUUACUAGAAAACAAGAGGUAACUUCUCUACUUAAAUAUUUAAUUUUCUUGGGAAACCAUAUCUCAAGCUAGCAAGAUAAUUAACCAGUUAUCAUGAGAGUAUAACUCAAAAAUCUAAUCGGAGAUACUAACAAAGUCAAUAGAAUAAAAGUAAAUUAUUGCAAACGCAACCGUUCUUGGCUUCUGUUAGAAAUUAAAAUUAACUUGAGAAACAAGUUUCCUGAAGUACAAAUACUUUCUCCAAACAGAGAAGCAGCAGCUGGUGCUAAUAAUGAACAUGUUGUUUCUUCAUUUGUUCGUUUGGAAAAUGGCAACUAAAUAUUUGCAUGGCGUCUUUAUCGAUGAAUAAUAUACUUGUCUGGCUCUUUGUAAUGAGCUACCGCUGCUGCCAUCCGAAAGUAGCAAAUGCAUCGUGGCUCGCUGCCACGGAGUCAUUUUUAUUCCACUAAUUCGUGCAGACUGUCAGCGGCUCAGCUCUUCUGUUUGUGUUAUCCAGGCACAGCGAGAGUACAGAAGCACUGAGGGAAAGACGACACCAUCCCAUCAUGUAAGGACGUCCGGUCAUCACCUGGGAAGAAUCAGUAACAACAUCAACAACAACAGGAACCCCCCUGGCAUUAGCACGUAGAGUAAUGCAUGCUGUAAUCUAACAGGAUUUCACUAUGUGAAAAAAAAAAACAUUUCUUCACACCUUGCAGGUAGCAAGAUGUGUCUAAUUAGCAAGUGUGUAUGUUGUCCUGUAAACAAAAAACUGCGGUUAUUACCCAAUGAUUUCCCUCAUGACGGCUAAGGAAUGGCUUGCUGUGCUUUCUCUCCCAACUGUUACAUUGCAGCAGAUCAUUCUGUAUAUAAUAUACUGUAAACACAUGGGAAAAAAGGCCUCCUGUCACCACGCUUUUCCCCGUUAUUGCUUUUUGUAUGAUUAGCGCUAGCAUUUCUUUAAAUUUUUUUGGUCUGUUUCGAUCUUUUUUUUGUUUUUUUAUUAUUUUUUCUUUUGCAUGAAGUUGCACUCAUGUCAGGAUUUAGGUACUGUACCACGCUAUGCCAGCUCUUUGUGGGUUUGUGAUGACAGCCGGGUUGUCAGAAGUGUCCUGCCUCAGAAUUCACGCUGAGCGUGUUUACUGGCACAUCAUAUUCUGGAGCUCAAGUCAGCAGUAGCCAAAAUGUGAUCUGGUCUCAGUCGGAAGGGACUAAGGGAUAUUUUGGGAAAUAAAUUCAUUCAAUUUCUCGCCAAGACUCUUGAAAAGAUCAUAGUUAGCUUAGCUUAGACUGGAAGCAGAAGGAUCAGAUAAAACAGGUGAAAGGGCACUUUCCUGAUAGAAAAUAGUCCAGCACUAAAUUUAAAAAAAUGAAAUAUGUGUGUUUUUACACUUCCCUGGAAAGAGAGAAACAGCUUAUCUGGUUCUGUCCAGAAAAACAAACAAACUUUAAAGCUUAAUAAUAAUAAGGGAAAUCUAAUAAUUGAGUGGUUGGGUGCAGAUGCCAUCAAUAGUGAGUCAUUGGUUCAAUUUCAACAGCUAGACUCUCCUGUUUAUCUCAAUAUCGACAUAAAAGACAAAAUUUCUACAUACAGAUUUGUAAAAAAUAUUCUAUAUACAGAGUCCCCAAAUAACUACUUUUAUCUUCUUUUUUGUAAAAGAAGCUACGUUCAGAACUAUUCUGUCACACAACACCUCAUUUAAAACCAGAAUUAUAGCCAGGCUGGUUAAUAAAAUUAGAAAAACUCAUUCCAGAUCUUGCUCAUAGAUGCGCACUGAUGUCAUUUUAACCAAUGCUGUUCAUGCAAACUGUCAGAUCACAGAAGUGCACACAUCUCUUCAAAAAGAGUGUGCAAAGAGGACAACUGUGCUUCCCCGUUUCAGAAUUUUAAAUAGUAAUGCUAUACAGAGCCCCCAAAAAACUAAGUUUAUCUUCUUUUUUUGGAAAAUAGGUUGUGCAGGACUAUUUCAGGGCAACAUUACUUCAUAUAAAACCAUAAAUAAAGCCCGGUUGAAUACUUACCUCCCUAUUUUGAACUGAGCUGAACCAACAGGCUGUACAAAUUCAUCAUACAGACCUGAAGGCGGCAUCUCAAUAUUAACAAAAACACAAAAAUUUCAAAAACUUACUGUACAGAUCCCCCCAAAACCUACAUUUAUCUUGUUUUUUUUGUAAACGAAGUUACAUGCAAGACUGUUUCUGGGCACUUCGAUGGUUUGCCCACAACAUAACCUCAUUUAAAAUCAGAAUUAUUGCCAAGUCAGUUAUUAAAAGUAGAAAAACACAUUCCAGAUCUUACUGAUAGAUUUAGAGAGAGAACAACAGUGAUCCCCUGAUGCAAAAGCCAAAGUUAUUGUCAAUUCUUCAAUAUAUACAUGACAUAGCAAGGAUAGAAAUUACCUUACUCUCUCUUUAUGCAACAGUAGACAUUAAAUAAACACAAGGUUCUGAGAUUUUAUAUAUAUAUAUAUAUAUAUAUAUAUACAUACAUACAUACAUACAUACAUACAUACAUACAUACAUACAUACAUACAUACAUACAUACAUACAUACAUACAUACAUACAUACAUACAUACAUACAUACAUAUAUAUAUAUAUAUAUAUAAAGUUAGGAAUAUAAUGUGAAUAAUUAAAAGUAAAGAAGUAAAGAUUGAAAAAGGCAACAACUAAGUGAAUUAAAAACCAGAAAGCAAAAAUCAGCCUCCAAACACCUGCAUUUAUCUUCUUUUUUGUAGAACAAGGUACGGUCAUGGCUGUUUCUGGGCAUUUUGAAGGUUGCCACACAACAUUACCUCAUACAAAUCAUCAUGUAACUCUAUAAAUAUAUCUCAGUUGGGUAUUUACCUCCAUGUUUUCAGCAGUCCUGCCUAUCUCUAAUUUAAUAAAAACACAAAAGUUCCCAAAAAUAAUAUAGAAAGCUCACUAAUUAACAAAAUAUGUUCUUUUUUUUGUGAAAAGGGUUACAUGCAGGACUGUUACUGGGUGCUUUGAAGGUUGCCACACAACAUAAACUCAUCUAAAACCAGAAAUAUCCAGGUUGGUCAAUUACCUCCAUGUUUCCAGCUAAGCUAAACCAUGUUUACCGCACAAACUUGGCUAGAAAGCUCAUGAACAUAUUUCUUAAAAUGUUGCACUUUUCCUUGAAUUUUUUUUUAAAGAACUUGUCAUGGAAGUAGCUGGAGACUCGAAGAAUGCAAUCAGCUGCAUCAGUUGCUGCAGUGGGAAGAUGCAACCCUCCAGAAUACAUCGUGCACGUAAAACGCACUCGCUGAGUCACAUACUAUUCUACCUGCUAACGUGCUCCCAGUGAGCCACCCUUUGCAAAUAAGAGGGCUGUGCGGUUCUAAAAAAAAAAAACAGAAACGAGGGGCUACUGCAAAACACAGUGUCGUUUCCUCCCAGCGAGAACUUGAAACAGAAGCACCUGAAGUUCUCGUCGCAGCUCGGUGCCUCCUUCCAAAACCUCCGUUGUUUGACGCGUAGGGAAGCAUGUCAGGAUGUUUAGCAGUAACCAGUUAGGCACUGAGAUGUAGUUUAGAGUUCAGUGUGUGAGGAUGUGCUGUCGUAGUGAGCCUGUAGGAGAUGCUUCGAUAGCUUUAUUUAGUUCAGGGAAGAAUAUUGAUAACGUGCAAUGAAGGUAGGCGCUCAGAGACUGCAGAGCUACUUUAGGUGAAAUAUAGUGCAAGAAACCACAGAUUAAGAGGUCAAAGGUCAGCGAUAGUUAAAUAUGAACACAGUAGGUCCACACUUAUUUACUAUUUCCACGUGCUUGUUGUAAGAUUUGGUUCCCACAGUCGUUUCCUGAGUCAGUUUUUUUCAUUUUCCGGUGAAACUCUUACAAAAGCGAGCGAAGAAUGUGGAUCCUAAGAGCAGUUUUCGGUGAAGCAUGUAGUUCGUCUGUGUAUGAAUUUGUUGUGCGGAAAAAGCAAAGUGAGGAUGUUUAUUAUGAGUCACACAGAGAUCAGGAUAUAGGUUAACUUUACGUUUCUGUCUUCGGAUUUAGUGUUUUGUCGAAUUAUAAUGUGCGACGUCUGGUUUUUCAGUAAAUGCCAAUGUGGUGAAGGUCUGGGAGCAGCAAGUCCUGGGAAAUCUGAACAGAAAGCGUGAUUUUAUUUAGUUCUAUUUUCAGAUUUGUACAUUCAAGCCUGUCUUAUAAGCUACAUAUAAGGUUUCCACAACCUGUUACACUGUGUCAAGAAAAAGAACAAUUCUAAAUGUGAUGUUUUCAUUCAGUUCUGUCCUGCUCCAUGUUAUUAUUAUGAUUAUUAUGGUUUGCAGCAUUAGUGGAGUACAGUCAUUGUAAUGUCAAAAUUGCAGAUUCACUUGCACACUUGAAUAAUCGCCCAGAUAUAAAUUAUUAUAGCUAGCAGAAUUUAAAGUUCUGUGACCACUGCUGUCGAAAAAACAAGAAGUACUGUCUUCCCUUUCAUUUAAAUGCAGCUUUCUUUUCAUUUUCUUUCCGUUCGUGCCUGUAGCUGUUCUGUAAAGUGCUGUUCAAAGUAACCAUCCAGCAAUUAAGACGAUAUCUCAGCCUUUUCUGUCAGAGUUUUUAGUCUCUUUGUGACUUUGUAGAGAUUUUAUUUAUUUAUUUAACGUGUUCCCUAAGUGGUGGAGUGGGGGGUGGGGGUGGGGGUGGGGGGGGGGACUUAACGCUCAGCCUUUACAUUUGUGCCAUACAGAAUUACAGGUAUAUAUCAAAGUAUAUCUGCGUUAGUAUGUUGUUGCCCAUAGUUUAUACACAGAAUGCCUGGAGAUGUUUAAUGAUUUUUUUUCCCCUGCUGCUGGAACCUGCUGGACAUUUAAUAGUGAAUAAAAGUAGAAAACACAUUCCAGAUGUUGCUGAUAAACAGUCAUUGAUGUCAUUUUAUCCAACACGGAGGCAAUACUGUAUGCAGACCAAACUCGGGGUCGUACAAAAUAAACACAUCCGGUCACAUAGAGGUGCACAUUGUGAUCCUUUUAGCGUUUGCAGAGAGACAAAGAGGACGACGGCGAUCAGCUCCCCUGAUGCUAUUUAUCUAUGUCUGUGUUCUGUACGGUUCUGCUUCUGGUACACAUUUGUUUCUCAUGUUGAUUUUACAAAAAAAACACAUAGUUUUAUGUCACAAAGCCACUGUCUUUUGUAAAUAAAUCAAAUGUGAGAUAUAUUAAAAAGAUUUAAAAUAUG